AUGGAGGUGAAGACAACUCCAACUCUAGAGGAUCACACAAUAACAACACUGUAUGAAGCAUCACUAAAUGGUUGUGUAAGUACUCUAAACACCCUGAUCCAAAGGAACCCUCUUAUUUUGAAUAGAGUUUCACUCUCUCCCUUCAGUGAAACCCCAUUACACAUAGCCUCUUUGCUUGGACAUUUGGAAUUCUGUGAGGCUCUUGUCAAAAGAAAACCCAGUUUAGCUAGUGAAGCUGACUCCGAAGGACGUUUCCCUCUUCAUCUAGCUUGUGCUGAAGGGCACACUGAGGUUGUGAAAGCACUUUUGCUGACAAACCCUGAUGUUUGCUAUGCUGUGGACAAAGAUGACAUGCUUCCUCUGCACUUGGCUGCAAUGAGAGGACGCGUAGGACCUAUUCAGGAGCUGACCAGAGCCAGACCCGACUCCAUUCAUCAUAUCAAUGAUGAUGGAUCUGUUUUGCACUUGUGUGUUAUGUAUAACCAUUUGGAGGCCUUGAAAUUCAUUGUGCAAUCAGCAACAAUGAACCAACGAGUUCUGCUUGCCACAGACAAAGAGGGUAACACAAUUCUGCAUUUAGCAGUGAGGCUCAAACAAGUUAAGGUACCAUUAUUACCUAACGCGUGUUUAGAUAAAUAG